UUGUGAGGGGAGGUGAAGUAGUGAAGUUUCUUGCUCAAGGGACAAAGGCAUCUGAGGAAAAAAUAAAUUAGAAUUUGUAUACAGUUUCGCAGUUAUAAACCCUUACAUUAGGCUUAGACACAGAGAAGAAGAAGAAGAAGAAGAAGAAAAAAAGAGAGUGAUGGAGUGCGUAUUCGGCUUGGUGGGUAAUGGUUUCGCGAUCGUGGUGGCGGAUUCAUCGGCGGUGCACAGCAUCCUCGUCCACAAGUCCAACGAGGACAAGAUCAUGCUCCUCGAUUCCCACAAACUCAUCGCCGCCAGGUUCAAUUCACAGAGUACAUUCAGAAAAACGUCGCCUUGUAUCAGUUCCGUAACGGCAUCCCUUUGACCACCGCCGCCGCCGCCAAUUUCACUCGUGGCGAACUCGCCACUGCUCUCCGCAAGAAUCCAUACUCUGUGAACAUCCUACUUGCUGGUUAUGACAAGGAGGUGGGUCCUGAACUAUACUAUAUUGACUACAUUGCGACUCUGCAUAAGCUUGAAAAGGGGGCUUUUGGUUAUGGCUCCUAUUUUUCACUCUCAAUGAUGGACAGACACUACCACAGUGGAAUGUCUCUUGAAGAAGCGAUUGGCCUUGUUGAUAAAUGCAUUAUGGAGAUCAGGUCCAGGCUGGUUGUUGCGCCACCCAACUUUGUUAUUAAAAUUGUUGACAAGGAUGGUGCAAGAGAGUAUGCAUGGCGCGAAUCAGUCAAGGAUACUCCUGUUCCUUCAGCUUGAGUAACCCUGUCUCUGAUUUUCAGUGGACUUCUUUUCAUUUGCCUAUGCUUUUAUCUUUCUACAAUUUUUUGAAUGGUCUUGUAAUGUCUCUGAAAAUCAUGGUUUAUAGAUGCUCUAAAGUAUGACAGUUUAUCAUUUGAAUUAAAUGCAUGAUGGCUAGUUCUGUUCUGAAAUGAAUGUAUGACAUUGUGUGAGGUAGGUUUGAUUUUAAUGGAUUUAGAAAUGGAUUCUGAAUCCAUUCUUGUCUUUCU